UUCUGUUGUCAGUCGGCGUGCCGGUGUGUCGGGGCCGGAAUGCUAUCAGCUUUCCAGCUUAUAUUCGCGUUCUAAAAGUGAAACCAAACCAAAAUUGACUUAAGUUCAUACUCAGAAAUUACUUAGUGCAUCCGAUGCAAUCAAACGUAAAUUGAAGUGAAAAAGACGUUGAUUCAGUGUUGUGCCAAAGUUAAUUGGAUAUACCACCAACUCCCAGAAGAGAUUACUCGAGGAACUAUAUAUAACCACAUUGACGACUUCAAGCUGAGCUUCAAAUCCUCCGACAGAAAGGCGCCAUUAGAGUAGAUGAUCCCGACGGACCAGAUCCAGAUCGUUCCUGCGGGAGGUGUCGGGUCGAGCUAGGCCGUGUGAUCAACCGAGGUGCCACUUGCCGGGCAUGCAGAUUCCGUGUGUGCAAGAGCUGCCGCGUCUAUCAUCUGACUGGAUCCGAGUGGGUGUGCACGGUGUGCCACAAACACAUGAGGCGAUGUUAGUUGGUUGCGGGCGAUUGUCGAGCGUGGUGUAAUAUCAUAUUGGAGUGCUUUUCGAAGUUUUGUAAUUUAUAGAGGAAACUGUUUCACUAAGUGGGUUAUAACCGACGUGCGGUCCUAAUGGUUACAGGGAAAUCCAAGCAGCGACCGGUGAGUGGAUGAACGAGUUCGUCCGGCGUCCCAGCAGGCGGCGAGACAAUCGAGUUUACAAUCCCUCCACUGAUAUCAUAAAACGUUCCAUUCGAAGAUCUUGGACCAUUUCGAGCCCAUCAACAAGAUGGAGUUUCAUGAGAGGCAAUCAGGAUUUUCGUCCCUAUAGUAGUCUUCCUCGUAGCAACGAUAUUAAUAAUUACCCCUCUCUAAUAUCUCACCAACAGCCACCGAAGCCAAAACAACUGCCUCAACCUCCAGUGCAGCAGGUGCACAACUCGAACGCAAAUUUGAUCACAUCGAACUCGAAUACGAACACAAACUUGCCAGAAGCAUCGCAGCAUAAUCUAAACAAUCCCGGCGUUAGAGUUUCAUUGAUUUGGCGCCGCCGCUCGCCCACGAAACGCUCACAAUCAGAAGAUGUUUAUGGCGACGCGACCACCACCUGCGACCAGCCCCAACAGCCGCAACCUCAGCCCACAACCACUUCGAAUAUUUUCAAAGACCUAAAAGAUCCAUUUAGCUUCCUAACGUUGAAUAACAAUCAAAGUUCUAAAAAUACCCCCGCUCAAAGUGGUAACAAAAUCAAACGGGAAACUUCACCAAAACCACGAGUUAACCCACUCAUUAAGUAUGCUUCUGAAAGGAAACCUGCCAAGUUGGAGACAAGCUCCGAUUCAGACAUGUCCGACAACGAGACUAUGGACCUGAUGAAAACGAUGAAGUCGAAACGGAAGCUGCAGCACGCCAAGUCUGACGGCGCGAGUGAUCGAGAAGCCGGGAAGUUGAAUGUGACGAGAAGACCAUUGGAGACUAGUAAAUCAGAGGAAUGCCCGAGGUUCGGGUUGAACAUGCAUCAACUAUCAGAAAAGCGUGUCAGUUUCUCGACGGACAAAGACGAUUGUAUGCUUGCGAAUAGUGAACGGGAGGAGGGGGCGGCAGUGCGCGUGGAUACUUAUUCACAACCCUCUGUUCUGCAGUCGACACGGGCGGAAAUUCAGUUAACGGAGCGCGAUGAGGUCCCGAUUGAAUUAUGUGACAUCGAGCCGAUCAGCGGAACUGUUUUCCGAAAGGUCACUGUGCGUAGGCGGCGGCAGGAUAUGCGAAAAAUGCCCGCCGUGGAUGCAGGUUGGCGACGCGGAGGCACGCAACACGAUCCCGACCUGCUCGAUAUUCUCCUGCCUGAAGGCGACGACUACAAGCUGGUGUUCAUCAGUUCGGACUCAUCGUCAAAGGAAGAAGACCCAGAUGACAACGAUAGUACCACGACCAGUUCGAGCUACCCGAUUGACGAGUGUGAUUGGGAUUAUUUUGAACCAGGUGGUGGUACACCUGGUCAGGGUAAACCAAUGCUAUCCUGGACUACGUCUCCGUUCGGUUCCCCGAGAGUGUAUCGUAAAGGUUUGGCGGAAUCUCCAUUGGGAUCUCCGUUGGUUUAUAGACGAAGCGUGAGGGAAUCUGGUACAGACACUGGAACAGAUGAUGAUAUUGUGAGAUUUGAUACCAGAUCACCAUCAUCUUCAUCUUCUAGGGAUGUUGAGGUGGAGGAAAAAGAAAAGGUGCGUAUUGGAGUUGGUAAUACCGGUGGUGUGACCGGCAUGGAAGACGCAUCGUUACAGUGCGUGCAUCAGGAUGUUAUAGAAACGCCUGAGCGCCCGCAGUGUAAAAACUGUGGUGGGAGUAGUGGUGGCGCCGGUGGCAGCACAACGCAGUAUGUGCCUAUUCCGGUUCCGGUGCCCAUUCCGGUGCCAAUGUCACAGUGGCACCCACAUGAGCUGGUUGUCUACACGCCAGAAACAUUAGAAGCGCUGCGAAAUCAGCUGCGCGUAUUGCCACGAGUGCUGUGCGCCUACCUCAAUCAGGCGGCGAUUAUCUGGCCAUUGAUUAACGCUGGCGAGCCAAAUCCGUUUGCCACGGCUCUCCAGCAGCACUUACAGCAGACCAUCAGUGCGGCGAGCGGUGAUUCCGGUAGGCAACAGAGCGACGCAGGUUGUGUAACCCAAGCUGAAGCAGACGCCGCCGAUUCAUCAGCGGAUGCACGCCCGGUGAACUUGAGCGAGACGCCGGUCGACCAAACGUCGAUACCGGUCCCAGUCGCGGAAGAAACCCUCACGAGUGUAGACAUUGAUACAGAAAUGAAACUGAAGAAUAUCAACGAGAAACCGCAAAUAAAAACAGAGUUUCUACAUUCCGAUAAUGGUUAUAAUACAGAUCUUGGUGGGCAUCUAGCAUGUGAUAAGAAAAUGGACUCUGAGUCCUCAUCGUCAUCCAGCUCAGAGGAGGAAGACGAAGCUGAUGCCACUAUUGUUGCCAGGUUGAAGAAAAAGGUUAAAACGAGAAGUUAUAGUAUUAAUGAUAAGAGUGACGUGAUUGAUGAAGUGUUAAUGACGGAUACAGUAGGUAGUGCUUCCUGUACUUCCUCGGACGAUUCCGAGGUGGAUUCCAGCGAAAAUCAAAUAAGUUCCGAUGACAAUUCGGAAAACGAGAAGAAGAAACGUAAAUUUUCCAGAGUGUACGUUGUGAAUGUUGCUAGUUCCAAUGAAACAUCUUCUGACAACGAUACAGACGUCGAUGGCGAUUUUGGUAUUAUUUUGACCAAGAUUAAACCACUUGACGACGAAGUUCUCCCCGCACUUGAACCUAUAAAACCUGUGAUAAGCGAAGCGGAUUGUGAUACAAAAUCGGAAUGUGAAGAAGAAAAGACUGAUCCUGAUGAUGAUAAAUCCGCAUUAGAUGAAAAGUUAAGUAAGUCGGAGGAGCAUAAAGAAGUCGACGGCGUGUGUGUAAAUGAAGACGAGGCGAGCGCUGGCAGCGAACGGAACGAAAACGCGGGGAUCCGGUCCGACGAUCGUGGACCCGUUACGCAGCUCGGCGGUGCUACAUGCAUUGCGGAGGUGGAGGGGCUCGCGAACGAAGCGGACACGCGCUGCCUCGACUCUCGGGCAGGUGUGCGCUGCGCGGCAGUCACCGCCGAGCAUGAAACGCAUGCCGCUACGUCGUCGCUGCGUCACGCGAACAACAGCGCGCGCUACACCAGCCUGAUAAUGAUCACGCAGGACGCGCCGGCGCCACCACAGCCACCGCCUCCAUAUGCUCCUGUCAGCGUCGUCACGUCCGACACGACGACUCUUGUCGCAGAUAACGAUGAUGACAUCGUGGUGCGCCACACCAACUGUCAACAGCAAGCAAGCACUCAACAACUGCUAGACAAUGCCGACCACGCCGCCCCCACUGCCAAACCGCGAUAUUUCACACUGACGUUGGAACACGCGGAUCGACCACCUGUUGUAUCCGAAGCGGCGGCGACGGCUACCACAGACAAGCCGCGAAUAAUAGAUGGAAGCGAACAAAACUCUGAUGGUGAAGACAAUAAAGAUGUCACGCUCGUUGGCUCGCCCGACACGCUUACGCACACUCACAAAUUACGCGCACCGGCCACAACAACUUCAGAAACUAGUACUAGUGCUGAAAACAAAGACGCCGAAAAUGUUACAGUGAUAACGGGUGCGGAUACGUUAUCAGCGGUAGUGUGUCUAGAGGAAGGACUUGCUGACGAUGAUUCAUGGGUAGAGGAUUUGAGCCAUGACGAUCAGGAGUUUGAUUCUGAUGAAGAUUCUUCUUCUGGUGAGGAGGUCCUUCAUUGUACAGUCGCCAUUGAUCAUGAGGAUGAACUUAGAGGCUAUCAUCGUACUGCCAUUGACUUCACCCUUCAUACCAUUGUUGAAGAAAGUUGUGAAGAAAGUGAGGUUGAAACUCCAACGACCAAAAAGCAACGUCCCCAAUCCGCAACAGACUUAGAAAAAUAUUUCUUCUUUGGUCUUGGGGAUGGCAACACUGUUCGAGAUGAUGCUCUCUCCGAAACUAGCAGUAUUUGUAGUGAAAGUUUAGAUUCCUAUGUGGGUACUGAAGAAACAACGAAUCACGAAACGAACGAUCCUGCCGAAUUAGCUUCAUCUAGAUUAGAAAAGUAUUUUCUUAGUGGAUUUACAAAUUUUAAAUCAGGACGAAGGGACUCUGAUGGUUCCGUGGGUAGUGAUAGUGAAGGUAAACCAAGCCCCGAGCAGCGAAGAAAACGUUUAGUACGCGCUAGGGGCACCGGUAGAUCUCAUUCGUCUUCCCUGGAUAAUCUAAUUGUUUCAAAUCCUGACCUGUCCAAUAUGGAAUUAAACGACCAGCCGGAAGAAGCAUCUUCCAGCUCGGAUACCGACACGUAUGAUGAAUCAAAUUUUGAUAAAAACGACGGACAAUUCGAUACUGUCAAACGUAAGAAGAACAAAAAGCGCAAUGGAACAUCUUCUCCUUCUGAAGAGACAAAACCUUUAGAAACAACUCAAGAAGUCAACGAAGAUUCAGAAGAAGAUGGUCACAAGACACCACAACCCAUUGAAUCAUUUACUUCGGACUUUAAUAACCGCAAUAAACAACAAAGUCGUGAUAGUGGUUUUAUCGGAAGCAACGAUGAUCUAAAUAAAGACACACGUGACAAUAACAACGAACUAUCUAUAAGUGACAAUCGCAACGAAUUAAAAAUGAACUUGUAUAACAUAUCAGAGGAGAAGCGGGUCGAUGAACGAAUUACCGAGUCAACACCUCCUGCGACGUCGUUGACGAGAAAGGACAGUUUUAACAAUUGGAGUUCCGACGAGGAGACCAACCUUAUGAUGUGCAAAAUGCGUCAAUUCUUCAAGACAAUGGUGGCAGCGAACAAUACCUCCAAACCAACAACGCCAAUCAUGGGCGGUCCUCGUGGAUCACCGAAACCUGUGCCCAGCCCAAGAUUGAAAAAUCGUUGUAAACCACCGCAACUAGUGUAUUUCGAAAAUGAACUGACCAGGCUGAUGAAAACAGUUCCGGGAAUUCGCGAUGACCAGGUGCGAGAAAUUGUGGAAUAUCUUAGUAGCGAGGACACAUGGAGCGAUUCGUAUGACUCAUCGGAUUAUACUAGCAGCGACUUAGAAGGUACAGCAGUGUGUAAUAAAUCCGUUCUGCAACAACAGAUUUCAGACAGUUGCAAGCAAAUUAUAAAUAAAUUUGAUACAAGUGUUGAUGAUGAAGGGGAUGAAGGUGAUGGUGGUAUUUUGGAAGAGACACAUGGUCUUAAUAGGGAAACAGCAUUUGUCUAUCAAAAAUUGGUGGCGUCAUUUGAAAAAAUUGCUACUGGUGAUAGUGAUGAGAACAAAACCAACUCACCUCCAUUAAUUGCAAAGGUGAUGCAUCACAUUGGUAGCAGGCUCGUAGCGUUGAUGCAUGAAGUAUCAAGUGGAGAGAGUCAUGCUUCCAAUAGUCCCAAACAAAGAUAUCAUAGACGAUCCCAACAGAAAAUAUCUUCAUCAACAACCACCACAGAAGAUGAUGAUAGCACUUCUGAUAGCAAUAUAAAUGAUAAACUAUCUGGAAUGGAUGACGUAACACCGUAUAAUUUGCUACCAAGGAGCAGAUCCCAUGAUCUUCUGGUCAGUGAAGGAAGAGCUCAUCACCAAUCAGUGUCUGAUAUUGCCGAGGAGCGUGAAACCUCUGACUGUGAACGGUUUAGUUGGAGAGGUAGCUUUGAAUCUGCACUUUUAGCAACAGAUAGUCGCAAUAGACUUUCCCUAAUUGGUGGAGAAGGUUCUGCAUCAGCUUCAGCACUCGCUAUAGCCGCCAAACGCAGAUCUGCAGGUGAUCUUCUCUUCAGUAACAAGAGUUUGAGCAGAGAACAACUGGACCGAGUGCGUAGUUGUGGUAGUAUUGGUGGUGCAAACAGUGAAGACAAGUUGUGGGUGGCAAGUGGACGUCCCUCACGACGUCGAUCGAGUGUACCUGAUGCCUCAUGCGGUUCGGGCGGUUCUGCGGAUGGUGAAGACGACGACGACGAUGAACUCGAAAACCGCUCGACACUUCCUCGAAGUUUGCAAUCCAGCACCGCAACCACGAACUCCUUACCUAGACUGCCCACAAACACCGCCACGAAUAGUAUGCAAAAGGCACAAUCAAUGCAUCAAUUUCCUCCGCAGAAUAGCGUGAAGAGUGCGCGAUACAGGCCGCCUGGCUUUAGCAGACUGAUUACAAGCAGUGUUCCCAGUGUUCCUAAACGUGCGGUGUCCGCUCCGGGCUUGCAACCAACACCACAAAGACGCGGUAGAAGGCAGCAGCCAGCUCUUGUAGCUGCACAAAGUGACGACGUGAGCAUCAGCGAAGCUCACUCCUCACCGAUGUUGACACCGCGCUCGGCAAAGAGCGCGACGCCGUCCCCGGUCGCCCACAAGUCUGCGAGGUCUUUGGGAAGUCAAGAAUGGCAGCACAACGAGGAGGAUAUAGAUCAUCUAGUUGCAAUACAUUCGAAAAGGAAUAGUUUAUCCAAUUUAGGGAAUCGUUCCGAUUCGAUGGCAAGUGUGUACUCAGGAGCUGGUGAAGGACGUUAUGGCACCGUGGCAGUCAAAGGACAAGUCGAGUUUGGUUUACAGUACAAUUAUAAAGCAGGCGCUUUGGAAAUCAACGUCAAACAAUGCCGAGAUCUGGCCGCAGUGGAUAGCAAGCGAAAUCGUUCAGAUCCUUACGUAAAAGUAUACCUCUUGCCGGACAAGUCCAAGAGUGGCAAACGCAAGACAAAAGUGAAAAAGCACACAUUAAACCCUAUCUUUGACGAGUGUCUCAAGUUCCAUAUGUCGUUAAGUGGACUGGAAACACGCACACUCUGGUUGACCGUGUGGCACUCCGAUAUGUUCGGACGAAAUGACUUCCUCGGAGAGGUCAUGAUGACUUUAGAGAAUAAAGUCUUCGAUGACCCCACGCCAAUGUGGUAUAAUUUACAAGAACGCACUGAACCCUUUGAUGAUCUAUCGUUCAAAGGUGACAUCCUAGUGGGGUUGAAGUUUGUACCGCCAGAUAUGACGGUGCAUAAAAAAGGAAAGCGCUCGAGAGGAGCACUACACGUCCUCGUGAAGGAAGCGAAAUCAUUGACGGCUGUGAAAGCGAACGGAACCUCAGAUCCGUUUUGUAAAAGUUAUUUGCUGCCAGAUAAAGGACGUCACAGUAAACAGAAGACGUCUGUAAUCCGCAGAACAGUGAACCCAGUCUGGAAUCACACAUUUGUGUACGAUGACGUUACUUUACAGGAGUUGGCCGAACGAUGCUUGGAGUUGACGAUAUGGGAUCACGAUAGACUUGCUAGCAAUGAAUUUGUUGGGGGGGUUAGAUUCUCAUUAGGCACAGGUAAAACUUAUGGAAAGUCUGUCGAUUGGAUGGACGCAUCUGGUAAGGAGUUGUCCCUAUGGAAGAGUAUGCUGGAACGUCCCAAUUUCUGGGUGGAAGCAUGCGUAUCCUUACGGUCGUCGCUCGAACACCGGACGUCGUAGCGCCGAUAAAAUAAUCAAGUUUAUUUAAAUAUUACUUGCUGAUAACGACCAUAUUAGGAGUAAUACUGCGUCACAUAGUUAAUGUUGUUAUAAGCGAUUGUCGUUUGUAUGAUAUGAUAAUGAUAACCGUGUUUUGUUCUAUUUUUGUGUUUGGUCGAAAACUAUUGUACAUGAUAUUUUUUCUAUCCUACGAUUUAUUUCGAUUUGACUCAUAUAUCAAUGCGUAUUUGCUAACAAAUGAAAACGUGAUUGUGUGGUGCCUAUGAACGAAACCAAAUGAUCUGAGGCGUUUUGUUUUACACACACACACACAUAUAUAUAUAUAUAAAAUAUAAAUGAUUAAUAAAAAACAUAUAUUUUUAAA